UAUAUUUUAAAUUUUCAAACAGUCAACAAAGAAUGUCUAAAUAACCUAAAUAAAGUCUUUAUGAAGCAUUUAGUAAGCAACUUAAGCCUUAGAUGAGUACAACCCUGUCAAACCUUAAACCGGUUGUAAAUGAGCGUCCUGCUACAGCUAAACCACUUCAAAAUUUAUCAAAUGCUCCAGUUCGAACCCAAGAAGAUUAGACUAAAAAAACAGUUGGCAGAUCUCCAUAAAGAACGACAUUCGAACGACCUACUGCUGAAAAUAAACCUAUGGUAUCCGAAAUAGAUGAAAGACCAAUACCAAAAGUAUUGCAGAAAGGAAAGUCACCAUAACCCACCUAAUAAUUACCAAAUCCAAAUGAGAUGAUAAGAAUAUAAGAUUAACGAUAAUUUGAUGAUAGACCACUUCCAACAAGCAAGCCAUCCCUGGAUUCAUAGUUAUAAAUAAAUCAGAACAAGCAAUUCCAAAAUGCAAAGUAAGCCAGUACCACAUAGCCCACAUAAUCUCAACAAUACUUUAAAGCUUAACCGAAUAUUUAAUAAACCGCUAAUCAAUAAUAAUAAAAUGUGGUUAAUAAUAAACAAUAACCUCCUGCUCAAUAGUAACAAUAAACUCGAUUAUCACUUCAAAAUACAUAAACCUCGAGGCCAUAAGCUUAAUCAAAUCAAUAAUAAUCCCAGCCACAAUAACCUUAAACAGUGAAAUCAUAAGCACAGUUAAAAUAAGCACAAUAUGAAGAAUAGAAAUAACAAUAAGAAUAGUUCCAAAGAUAAUAAAAAAAUCAAGAAUAAUAACAAUAAAGAUAAUACUAACAAUAUUAAUAAGCUUAGUAGUAACAAAGAACAGCACCUUAAGCUCCAUCAUAAGUUUAAUUCCAGAAUACAUAAUAUUCUGAAUAUUAAUAAUAUUAAGAAUAUUAACAGUAACCAGUUUAACACAAAUAAUAAAAUGGGAAAUAACCCAUGAAUAGUUAAUAAGAUUUAAGAGGAUAAUAGUAGUAAUAAUAAUAAUAACAACAAAGACCAUAAUAAUAGUAACAACAAUAAUAUGCAUAAUACUAAUAGCAAUAAUAAUAAUAAUAACAAUAAUAAAUCUAAGAAUAACCAAUAAAGACAAGGUAAUAAUAACCACAAUACUAAUAACAAUCAUAACCAUAAUACUAAAAAUAAAUGCAAUAACCCCAGCAAUAAAUACAAUAACCAAUUUAAUAAAAGUCCUAAAUGCCUCCUAUGGAAGAAGCAGGAGAUGAGAAAUUGUAUGAAUGUCCUGAAGGUUGUGGCAGAUCGUUUAACAAGAAAGCAUUAGAAAAGCACGCAAAAGUUUGUUAAAAAGUAUUCUAAUAAAAAAGAAAAGUGUUUGAUUCUUAGCAAUAAAGAUAGUUAGAUGAAGAAGAAGAAGCAUAUAGACCUCCUCCUCCUCCUUCAAAGAAGUAAUAAUAACAAUAACAAUAAUAACAACAAUAAAAAUAAGCUUAGAAGCAAAAGGAAUCUAAGAGCGAUAAGCCUAAAUGGAAAGCCUAAAGUGAUGCCUUUAGAGCUAUCAUUAAGUAAGGAAAAGGCGAGUAGUUAACUAAGGAGGAAUAAGUAUCAUUGAAGAAUGCUAUGGAUGCUACUUAAGAUUUAGUUUAAUGCAAAUUCUGCAACAGAAAGUUCAAUUCUGAAACAGCUAAAAAGCAUAUAGCAUUUUGCGAGACUAAAGCCAAAUAGGCAGUAACUUAAAAGAAAAAGAAAUGA